UAUCUCAGGUCAUACAAGAGUGUGUAUAAUGUAUGGUCAUUUCUGGUCGAGGGGCUACAGGACCAUGGGUGGGUGGAUGGAGAGAGGAAGGUAGAGAUGUACCAUGCGUCAACAGAUGACGAUUCCAAGAAACGGAUUCUUGGGGAAUUCUCUAAACCCGAUGGGCGUGUUCGAGUUGUUGUAAGCACGAUUGCUUUCGGGAUGGGAAUUGCUAUUCCUAACAUUAGAAUGGUCAUUCACUGGGGAGCCCCGAAAAGCUUUCUCGCCUACUGGCAGGAAAUAGGUAGGGCGGGAAGAGAUGGCAAACCUGCUCUGGCAGUUGCCAUUUUAUACCCGCGGUCGCUCUGCCCGAGAGUAUGUGACAAUAACCUAAAAGAGAUGUUCGUGUCAGAAGAGUGUAUAAGAAGAGGGGUGCUUCUGAACCUACUAACGAAGGACAUGGACGCAAACAAAGUCCCAAAGGCAUCCAAAUGUGAGAACAAGAAAUGCAUUAAAUGCAUAUGUGCAUGCUGUUUAUGCUGCAGCAAUUGUUUCUCCCAAUGUACGUGUGAGGGUAAAGAAACGCAAACACUAUUCAAAACCAAUUGAAAAGGGCAAUACACAGUAUAUACUGCUCAAAUCAGUGCAGCCACAAUCAACAAAGUGGAACAUUCGGUCGAUGUUUGAAAAUACAUUUCACACUUAAUCGGAAAAGGAUGGAACUUAUGUCUUUUUUACGCAAGUGUAUGUAAAUAAUGAAUAUCUUGAUGUGACACAAGUGAUUGAUAACACAAUUAUACGAUUAUACUUAUUAAAAAGUAAUAAAUGACGAAAAACAUUUCCCUUUGUUCUUAAAUUUGAA